AGGGGGCCAGACGUGCAGCGUUCAUUAACAUGAGUUUAAAUUUAGUUCGCAUAAAAAUGGAUUUUUAUGUUCAGUAAUAUUUAUUGUACUUUCAUCUGGUAUUAAACGCUGUUAUUCUACAAUUAUUGUAGUGACGUGGUGUGGUAAUAUAGUUUAGCACAGCGGGCUAGUGUUUAGUGUACUGCUCCCAAUCAGGUUAAGGUUUCCUAUUUUCGAGGGUACGUGAACGCAGCAUUGUUUUGGCUUUAAGAGGAGAUCUUCGUUCGGACAGACAGACAGCUGGACUUGGCUCUAACACCGUUAUGAAAGAGGCUGAAUAAGUUACAUUCGAUGUGCCCAUUUGGAACAGGAGAAGCACGAGAGUGAAGUGGCCCACACCCUACAGCAGUGGACGGCACUGCGCAUGUUCAGAAACUGGUGCUCUGGAGUGGUGACUGUCUAGUGGAGGGGAAGCAGGGACACUGAGCCCACAGGCACAGCUGGGACAGGAUGCCUCUGUUCUUCAGGAAGAGGAAGCCCAGUGAGGACUGUCAAAAGAGGCUGGAGUAUCAGUUAUGCCGGUCUAAAGAACCAGGAGCUGAUGACAUCCUGGACAUAUCUUGUUGUGAACUCUCAGAGGUUCCAUCGAGUGCCUUCUCUAUAUGCAAGCUCUUCCAGAAAAAGGUUCUUAUCCUUCAUAGCAAUGACCUGAAGUACCUGCUGCCCAAAGGAUGUGAGAUCAGCACUCUGAGCACAUUAAAGGUCUUGGAUCUCCAUGAAAACAAGCUAACUUCACUUCCUGAGGACAUCGGGAAAUUGGUCACACUGCAGAUUCUAAAUGUAGAGAAGAACCGGCUGAAGGUUCUGCCAGAGUCAAUCGGACAUCUACAACUUCUGCAAACGCUUAACUUGAAGGGGAACUGCCUCAGCGAGCUGCCAUCGUCGGUAGGCUCUCUGAGAAGCCUGCGCACGCUGGAUGUGAGUGACAACAACAUCACAGAGCUCCCCAAAGCUGUAGCAUACAUCCGCACUUUAGAGAUCUUUUCUCUGGAUGCUGCCGUGAUGUCCUACCCACCAGCAUCAGUGUGCACAGAGGGAACAACGAGCAUUCAGAGUUUCCUGUGCGCCGAGCUGGGAGAGGAGUACUGCCCACCGUCCCAGUAUCUCCUGCCGGUGCUGGAGACCGACUGUGGUAAGCAGAGCUCUGACUCUGUGGAUGACAUGGACGAAGCUUGGAAGAAUAGAUUCAGUGAAUAUGAGAAGAGAAAGGAGAAGAAGCAGCAGGAAAAACUGGCGUUUGAGCGCCAGCUGGAGCAGAAGCAAAAAGAGCACACUCAGCUUCUCCUCAUGAACGACUCUCAUAAGAAAAACAUCCUGAACUCAGUCCGGCAGCAACAGGAGCGGGAUGAACUGGGCUUCAACGAGCAGCAACGGACGCAGGAUGCUGAGAGGCUGAUGCUGCUGGAGAGGGUUCGUCAAGCGGAGAACACCAUCACCGGUCGGAUCAGCACCCUGCUGAUGGACAACAACAGGCAGGAAACAAAUGCAAAGUUUCUUCAAGCCAUGGAGCAGGAACGGAUUCAUAUGGAGCAGCUGACUGCCAUCACACAGCAGGAGGCCAGUUCUAUUCGGGAGAGGGAGGUAGCAGCUGCCAUGCAGAAGAUGCUGUCUGACAGCUGUGCAAUGACCCUCCUUCAGGAGGCCAGUGACCAUCGCAGACAGAGUCUAGUUUCUGAAGCCUGCAGAAGUUUGGAGACUUUGGACAAGAAAUUUGACAAGAUGCUUUCUCUCCAAGUUUUGGACAAAUCUAAAGCCAUUGCUGAGAUCUUACAAGAGGAGGAGAUGCAGAAAGCGGCUUUCCAGGCCCUGCAGCUGCAGAAGGACGCCGUUCACACUUACAUCCGCAACCAGAUCAAGCUUAUAGAGGGUGAAUUAAUGCAGCUGACUAAACUGGAGAUUAAAAGACGCAGUCUGGAUUCUGAGAACCUGGAGGAGAUCCUGGUGGAACAGCGAGAAGCUCUCAGCGACCUGCUGCAGCAGCUGAUGAAGCAGAGGAACCAGAGGGAGCAGGAGCUGCGGCAGGUGUUGAUGGAGAUGGAGCUGAAGUCUGAGUCCAACCAGCAGAACUACUGGAUGAUCCAGUACCAGAGGCUGUUGGAUGCCAAGCCCCUGUCACUUCGUAUGCAGGAAGCAGGUGUUGAGAGAGGGUUGGUCCAGCUGCUGUGCAGACAGUCAGCUCAGCAUUAUCUGCCCAUCCUGGCCCAUCAUCGACUGACAGCGGAGGUGUUGAGGCACAUGAAGGCCUCUGACCUGAAGAAGUUGGGGAUAAAUGAAACAGGAAUUCAAAAAGCUCUUCUGAACUGGGCACUGGAGCAACAGCCUGCAGGAGCUGGUAAGUCUGACCAAAAGGACCAGAGCAAUGAGGUGGGCCCCUCAGCUCCACUGCCGCCAUCCCCACCUUUCCUACUAAGCAGUUCAGCCAUACAAACGCCAAGCCCACCAUGCACCCCAGGAACCCCAGGGACCCCCGUCACUCCCUCUGGCCCCGCCCUGCUGGAGGGGCCUGGGAGCACCGAGUGCGUGGUCUGCAUGGAAACCGGGUCUAAGGUCAUCUUCCUGCCGUGCGGUCAUGUGUGCUGCUGUCAGGUCUGCAGCGAUGCUCUGCAGAACUGCCCUCUGUGCCGCUGCAGCAUCUCCCAGCGUAUUCGCCUCUACCACAGCUAGAAGCAGCUGCUGCACUACGCUGCCCUUUACCCACGACUGCUCUCGUAUGCAUGACCUUCAAGCUGCUGUUAUAGAAGUGUACUAUCAGUAGAAGUAUUCUCUACAUCCUUUCUUUCCCACAUCUGUGUCUUGUACUGUUUGUAUUUUAACAUAUUUUAAAAAUCUUCUAUUUAAAAUGUGACUGUAUAUUGAUCACAAAGUGAAUUAUAUAAUUCCCUGGUUGAAGACUGGUUUGCUUGAGGAUACCUCCACCAAUGAUUUGUGCCUUUGACAUUUUUUAAUGUUUGUCUGGUCUUUCAAACAAAGUGUAAUGUCUUGAAUUCAUGUACGUUUACUCAAAAAGCUUAAUAACGCUGUCUUUUCUUACUGGAAGCAACAUUUCCUCUUAAAUAGUGGUUAGUAAACGGUGUAUAGUGGCAUAGAGCUUUACUACUUUCUUAGAAGGCCCAGAGUGUUUUAGUCAUUCAUUGAUGGCAGCUCCACUGCUGAACACUGGCACCAACCUAUAACCACCAGGAGCAACGUGGAUUCAGUGUCUUACCCAAAAACACUUCGACUCAUGGCAGGUAAGGUGGGAUCUGAACCUGUGAUCCUCUGAUCAGGGUCAGCCGCUCUACCUCUGCACCUUCUAUUCUCCUGGAAGCUUUUCUCUUCUUUCUGAUGUAUCAGGGCUUAGAUUAAACAGUAUUACCUGCUAGAGUACAAACUACAAUAGUCUUCUCUAUACUCAUGUAUUGUUGUGACUCUAACAAAGACAGUUUAAUGUAUGCAUGUUCUGGUUUUUAAUGUUAAUGUUGGGAUGACCUGAUUAACCAUCACAAGCAACCAAAAAUGAAAGCAUUACUUUGUGUUGGAGGGCCCACCUGUGUGUAAAGUCACUGCCAGUUCAGAAAUCACAGUUUUAGUGUCUGAGAGCUAUUUAUUUAGUAAACGGAUCCAGUUCACACAUUUUCUCACUCACAUAUUUGACAUCUGCACUUUCUAAUCUCCAUUCAAUGUCAAUUUGUGGAGCAUUGCUGUACAUCACAGACCAUCAAAGUGUAAAUCCAUCUGAAGUUUAAAUCAGUACCUGUUGUUUAAGUAAACAGUUCUUUCUGGUCAUAAAGACAUGUAAGGACAUUCUGAUGCAAUGUACCACUUGUGCAGGCUACGUCCCAUGAUGCAUUUGUUCUCUGAUGUACGCAUAAAUGCUCAUUGUUGUAAAAAAACAUUUUUGAGGCUGGAAAAAGGAGAGCUACACAUUUAUGUUUCUAUUCAUUUCAUGGGAUUAAAAAAGGUUUUGGUUUGUAUUCUUUAAAGAUUAAAACAACUAUCCAAACUUUUUUUCUAAAAAGAGUGAAUCCUUUAGAUCCAACAGCAGUCAGUUUGCUGACAUUUUUAUGAGGUUCCUGUAUAUGUGGAUUGAAAGGACAACAGCUUUCAGGAACACUUAAAGAAUGAUGAAUUCCUUCUCAUGUUUUGGUUGGUGGAUUUAUUCUGGAUGUAAAAACUACAUUUCAAUUCUGCUGCAAAGAAACUGUAGUCUGUGUAUAUUUGAAUAAAAUCACAACCCUGGAUCAGGUA